GGUUUGUUUCGGCUUAAACCUAUUUGGUGCGACCACUUGAGAUCCCGAUCUAGAUUCUAGAGAUCUAGAGACCUAAUUCCCACCUCAAAAAUACUCUUUUUAUCUAGAUCUAGAUCAGAUAUAGAUCUAGAUUUCUAGAUCUAUCUAGUAACUAAUAUAUAGAAAGAUUUAGAUCUAGACUCUAACUCUAGAUUCUGACUGUCAGACAUUUAAAAAUGGAAAAUAUCGCACGACCUGAUCUAGGCUUACUUGAAGAAGAUGAUGAAUUUGAAGAAUUCCCAGCUGAAGAUUGGACAGGAGAAGAAGAGGCUCCAGAUGACAUAAAUGUAUGGGAAGAUAAUUGGGAUGAUGAUAACAUAGACGAUGACUUUUCCAAGCAGCUAAGGUCUGAGCUUGAAAAGCAAGGUAAAAACAUGGAAGGAACUGAACCCAUGAAAUGAUGAACUCUUUUUUGUGUGUUAAAUUCUUGUCUGAAUUAUAUAAAUGACUAUAUUCUAA